UUUAACAAUCGACGUUUGGAACUUCAAAAUAAGUUUUGAUUGUAUUUACUAAUCUUUGUUUAUUUACGAUGUGUUUUCAAAUUUUUUUACCAUUUACUGUUAACUGUUUUUAAAUUAAGUAAUUUAUGUUUUGAUUUGGUUAUAAUUACUGGCAAAUAUGAACAAUGAGCGUGACUUUAAAUUUCAAUAUGUAUCAAAAGAAGAUUUCAAUAGAACAUAUAAAAAAAUCACACGUGAUCGCCAAAAACAAAUUGAUGACUGGCAUUGGAGUAACUAUGUAGAAUCAAUUAAGGCUGAAGAAUCAAAGAGUACAUUUACAAUAGAAAAUAAUAACGAGGAUAAAGAAAUUGUUUAUCCCCGUCCAUCAGAUAUGUGUUCAAUAAGCAAAUUUAGUACGUUGAAUUCUGCGAAGUUGUAUUCAUUGCAUGAUCCUUCAGACAUUAAUAAUAUCCAUGGACUAAGAAAUCGUCUAUUUAAGACAUUUAAUGAAUAUUCUACAAUUUUGGAAAAUGCAUUACAACCACCAGUUUUAAAGAAUCCUAAGAAAAUACGAAUUAAAACAAAAGAACUUGAUCAACGAGCAAAUAAAAAUUAUAUUAAUGAUCUUAAUAAAUUGCUUACAGAAUUAAAACAAGAUUUUAAAAAUAAGGAUUUACAUGAAAAAAAAGACAAAAGAAAUAUAAUGUUUAGAAGAUUAUUUCAAAUGAAAUUAAUUUGCGGCCAUAAAUUAGCAAUUGAUGCUAUUAAGGUGUGCUCGCAAACCUUGGAGGCUCGAAUCUACAACUCCAUUCAAGAUAAAAUGAAGGAAUUAAUACAAAUAAUAUCUUGUUUAUCUUCAACCACAGGAAAAUACUUAUAUGGUCAAUUAUAUAACAAGAAAAAGAAAGAAAGUUAUGAUUUAGUUGCAGCAUGCAAGACUUUAAUUAACAUGUUGGAUGACUGUGGAUAUAAAGAUGUGUCUAAUGACAACCAAAAUAAUAUUCACUGCGAACAAAUUGGUCAAAGCAACAAACUUAAUGAGCUCACAAGUAAAGCAUUGACUAGAAAGAAAAGCCAAAUUACCAAUAGCAAUUUCAACCAUUUAAGCAUGUAUAACCAAAUAAGACCAAAGCUUGGAUCAUGUUAUGCUCAAAAGUGGUCAAAAAAUAAUAAAAUCACUGAUAAGACUCAAAGCCCAAAUUGUGCAAAUAAUUUUGAAGACAAAACAUUAUUAACUAAAAAUGAAAAUAAGUUUGUCUCUUCUGAUGAUUCAAUAGAUAAUUGUCAUAAUUUUGAUGAUGUAAAAACGGCCGUGCAACAAUUUUGUUUAGAGACAAAUGAACAAUUUGAGGGAGAAAUAGGACUACAUAGACAUACUCAUCCUUGCACGAGUCCUAAAAGUAUCCUGUCAGGAGAGUCAAAUACACCAAAGUUAUGUUUGUUAACGAAACAACAUAUUAGACAUAAUAUUGGACUAUAUGUUAUGAAAGAAAAUGUCUGGAGGAAUUUCAAAACCAAAAAUGUAAAUAUAUCAGAAGAUGGACAACUCAAAUUGAUUAUAAACCAAAAAAAUGUAGAUGAAAUAAUUUCUUAUAGAAGACAAUUUUCCAAGAUUCAGUUAUCUGAUGAUCAAGUGGAAACUAUAUUCAGUGUUACAGAGUCAAUAGCAGAUGUUCUAUUAAAUAAAGUGUUACUAAAAUUGGAAAUAAGUAUUGAUGACAUAAUUACAGAUUUAGUUAAAAUGGAACUUUCAGAACAUUAUGAAGUAAAUGAAAGUACAAAUUUUUGUUGAUGUAUGUUUUUAUUUAUUUAUAUAAAUUGUCUCAUUUUUAU